GGUUGUUCCUUCCACAGAGUCACAGUCACAGUCACAGACGCUGCCCCCCUUUCUCAACACAAACGCACAGAACAGAAGACAGCGAGAGUGAGUAACCCAACAUCAACAUGCUCGAGUCGAAACUGAGGCUGAUCUAGUGUGUCCCAUGUUUUUCUCUGUCGUCCUCGUCGUCGGUAAUGUUUGAGCUCCUCCUGCCUGGGUCCUGGAGCUGGAGGUGAAUAGUUGUUGGUUGGGGGUUGCGAAGAUGAAUACUUGUGCUACUGGAGCUGGAGGUGGAGGUGGAGGUGGGGCUGCUGGGAUGACGGGGAUGAGGUCACCUUUCACAGUGUCUCAGUGGCAAGAGCUGGAGCAUCAGGCUCUGAUCUUCAAGUAUAUGAUGGCAGGCAUGCCCGUGCCUCCUGAUCUCGUGCUUCCUAUUCAGAAGAGUUUUGAGUCCAUUUCUCAAAGAUUGUUCCACCAUCCUACCAUGGGUUAUUGUUCCUUCUACGGGAAGAAGGUGGACCCUGAACCGGGACGCUGUAGAAGGACUGACGGAAAGAAGUGGAGGUGCUCCAAGGAUGCAUACCCGGACUCCAAGUACUGUGAGCGCCACAUGCACCGUGGCCGCAACCGUUCAAGAAAGCCUGUGGAAUCACAAACCAUGACACAGUCAUCGUCCACUGUGACAUCAUUGACUGUCACUGCAAGCAGCAGUGGAACUGGGAGCUUCCAGAACCUUCCACUGAAUGCCUUUGGUAACACCCAAGGAACUAGUUCUGGAACCAAUCAGUCUCAUUAUCAGAUAGACUCCAUUCCUUUUGGAAUCCCAAACAAAGAUUAUAGGUAUCUUCAAGGACUUAAACCCGAGAUUGGUGAGCAUAGUUUCUUGUCUGAUGCUUCAGGAAGCAACAGGGGUCUCCAGAUGGACUCACCACUAGACAGCACAUGGCCUCUGAUGCCAUCCAGAGUUGGCUCAUUUCCCGCAUCAAAAUCGGGUGAUGGCUCCAUUUUGCAUCAUGAUUAUCCACAGCAUUCAUUUUUCAAUAAUGCAUUCCCCUCAGAAUCUGUGAAACAGGAAGGUCAAUCUCUCCGACCUUUCUUUGACGAGUGGCCUAAAGGCAGGGAUUCCUGGUCUGGUCUUGAGGAUGAGAGAUCCAACCAGACCUCAUUCUCCACCACCCAGCUCUCAAUAUCAAUUCCAAUGACUUCAUCUGACAUCUCUGCAACAAGUUCUCGAUCCCCACGUGAUAGUUGAGAGAAGAGAAUCAUGCUUUGGGAAUUCCAGGCUUGGGAAAGUCGUAUGAUAUGCUUCAGAGAGUGCUUGAAGAGUCACUCGUGUUUGUGAAAGCUUUGGUGGUUACCUAUAUUUGUUUAAAAGUACAUUUGCAGACUCGAGUUUAGGUCUGAAUAAUUCAAACAACAUGAUUCACAAGUAUGUAUGUAGGAUAAGGAUAUCCAGAACAUGAAAGAGCAACAUUUGUCGGUCUUGGCUUUGAUUUGUUGAUAUAUAUAUCUAUAUUCAAUGAA